AUGAUUGCACUGCAUGACACACACAGUAUUAAAUCCUAAAUCACCUAAUGUCUCCUGUAUUCUGCGAAUAUUCACUUUUCAUCUCUCUUUUAUUGCUUUUCCAGGACACACUGUGUGACGCCGACCAUCUCCAGGCGUUGCAGGAGGAGAAUGCAGAUCUUCACCAGAACCUGCUGCAGACUGUGGUUUGCAUUGAAAGCCUGGAGGUGGAGUUGCAGAGGACCAGAGACGAGCUCAGUCAUGUCAAGGAGAAAUAUAAAAGCCUUCUGGAGACUCACACUGGGACCAAGCAGGCCAAUAACCUGCUGGGGGAACACCUGCAUAUAGCGUCAGAGAGCCUGAGCAGUGAGAGGAAGUACCUGUUAAACCGUGUGUCACAGCUGAGCUCAGAGUUGGAGGACGCCCACAGGACCAUUGCAGCCCUGGAAAACAUCAAUGUGCCGUGCCUGAUAAAGGAUUUGCUGGAGAAGCACUUUGACUCCGCUGAAGCCAUACAGAAGUUUCUGUCCACCUCCGCUCCAACCAGCCACUCUGCCACUUCCCCACAAGCAGACGGCCAAUCCCACGCUGUCAAAGUGGAGGAAGCAGCACAUGAUUGGUUGAUGAAAUCAGCGACAGGUGCGCAGAGAGUCACAGCCUUCAUACCAUUCAAACAGGGCGACCCCACAACAGGAACUGAAGGCGGCCUCUCUGGUCAGCCCGAGUCCAGCCACAGCCCACCUUUCUCUGUAUCUGACAUCAGCACUGCUAUCUAUAAGAAAAUGGCUGCCAGCUACGCUGCCAGACCACAGCCUCUCUACCCCCUUAGCCAGCAGCAGCUUCCUCUUGGCACCAACCACGCUGACACCCCUCCAAACCUCCAGCAGGCCCAUGUGGGUUCUGACAGCUGGGGUGGGAAGGGCGGGGUAAAGGUAACACUUUUGGAACAGGACGUUGUGGAUGUGACCUCAGUGUCAGCCCAGCAGAUCCUGGAUGAUUUCCUGCAGCAGCUGCAGCCCCAUGGGGAGGCGGGCAGGGGGAAGGAGCAGCAGGGCGGGCAGGAGUGGGCGGGAGGAGCGGAGCAGACAGGCAAAGUGGCAGAAUGAAAAUGUCAUCCAAUGAUUAUACAGUAGAUUCUCAUGGUAAUGGAGAGAAAUAUGUAUUUAUAUAUAAAUAGAAGUCACUGAUGUCAGAUGCAUUGUAUAUUGUCUCCCCUAAAUAAUAGAAAGUCUGUUUUUUAGCAUGUAUAGUGUACUUUUAAGGAUUUUAAAACCCAGAAUCCAUAGAAUAAGGGGAAGGAAAUUAUUUGCAUCUUGUUGAAACAUUAGAAUUUCCAAUAUCUUAAGUACAAGAUUUCCACACACUCACAAAAAAACGAUAUUUUGAAACCAAUUUACACUCAAAUGAAAGAAAAAGAGAACAACAGACCAAUUAAACACCAAAAUAUUACAGGAAAUGUGAACACACAGUAAUAACAAAGCUAAAUACAACCAAAGGAAACAAUUUCCAAGUAUUCUCUAUAAAUAUAUUUUCAUUUCAGUGAUCAUUUUAAUAGCAUGUAAUUUACUGAACAGAGAAAAGAUGAAAAGAGAUGGCGAGAUGAAAUGACAAAAAAAACCCCAACUCAUCCUGUAUUGUUUGUGAUUAUAGUCAUCAAAUUGUUGUGAAGAAUGACCUUAAAAGCUUUUAAAGAUAAAUGCUUCAUGUAUUUAGAUAGAAGCUGCUCUUCAGUUCAGUAAUUAUACAGACCAUGUAUCAGUGCCAUGAAAGAAAAUGUCAGACACGUCAAGGACUUUUGUUCUAUAAGGAACACUCAGUGACUCUCCUUGUGUCGUUCUGAAUUCAUGAAUAAAACUUCUUGCAUGCCUCUGCGAUGAACAAAGGAUUCAAAGAUGGAGAAGACUGAAUACUUAAAACUAUAUCAUUUAAAACCCUUUUUCAUAAUCAGCGCAGGUUGUUACUCGUCUGCCUGAGACUACGACAAGAUAAAUAAGACUGGAUUAUACUGCAAGAGUUGCUUGAGAGCUUGUAAACUGAUGUUCUGACAUAGACUUACCGGCCACUUUAUGAGGUACACCUUGCUAGCACCAGGUUGGACCCCUUUUGCCUUCAGAGCUGGCCUUGGUGUCAUAGAUUCAACAAGGUGCUGGAGACAUUCCUCAGAGAUUUUGGUCCAUAUUGCAUGAUAGCAUCACACAGUUGCACAUCCAUGUUGUGAAUCUCCCGUUCCACCACAUCCCAAAGGUGCUCUAUUGGAUUGAGAUCUGGUGACUGUGGAGGCCAUUGGAGUACAGUGAACUCAUUGUCAUGUUCAAGAAAACCAGUUUGAGAUGAUUUGAGCUUUGUGACAUGGUGCGUUAUCCUGCUGGAAGUAGCCAUCAGAAGAUGGGUACACUGUGGUCAUAAAGGGAUGGACACAGUCAGCAACGAUUCUCAGGUAGGCUGUGGUGUUUAAACCAUGCUCAGUUGGUACUAAGGGGCCCAAAGUGUGCCAAGAAAAUAUCCCCCACACCAUUACACCACCACCAGCAGCCUGAAUCAGUGAUACAAGGCAGGAUGGAUCCAUGCUUUCAUGUUGUUUACACCAAAUUCUGACCCUACCAUCUGAAUGUGGCAGCAGAAAUCCAGACUCAUCAGACCAGGCAACGUUUUUCCAAUCUUCUAUUGUCCAGUUUUGGUGAGCCUGUGUGAACUGUAGCCUCAGUUUCCUGUUGUUAGCUGACAGGAGUGGCACCUGGUGUGGUCUUCUGCUGCUGUAGCCCAUCUGCUUCAAGGUUGGACGUGUUGUUGGUUCAGAGAUGGUCUUCUGCAGACCUUGGUUGUAACCAGUGGUUAUUUGAGUUACUGUUACCUUUCUUUAAACUGGAACCAGUCUGGCCAUUCUCCUCUGACCUCUGGCAUCGACGAGGCAUUUUCACCCAGAGAACUGCUGCUCACUGGAUGUUUUCUCUUUAUCGGACCAUCCUCUGUAAACCCUAGAGAUGGUUGUGUGUGAAAAUCCCAGUAGAUCAGCAGUUUCUGACAGACCAGCCCAUCUGGCACCAACAACCAUGCCACGUUCAAAGUCACUUAAGUCACCUCUCUUCCUCAUUCUGAUGCUCAGUUUGAACUUCAGCAGGUCGUCUUGACCAUGUCUACAUGCCUAAAUGCAUUGAGUUGCUGCCACGUGACAUUAAAAAGUAGCUGAACAGGUGUACCUAAUAAAGUGGCUAGUGAGUGUAGUUUUCUGUUGUUAAAUGUGGCCCUAGGUGAAUGCAAUUCAUCAAGAAUUGUCUCUGUUUUUGGAUUCUUUGUACAACAUAGAGGCACGCGAGGAAAAGAAAGCUUUCUUCACAAAUCCAGUGUAACGUGGGCGGAGUAAAUGAUGCACAAAUGAUCAGUUUGGGUGUGAAAUAUUCAUUUAAGAAUAACAGGUCAGAGGUUAACAUAAAGUGUUAUUCAUCAAGUGCAGCCUCUCAUUAGUUUACAUGUGUCGGCUGUUCUAUAAAGUUAUAUAACUCAGUGACAAAGACUGAUAAUAGCUGCCUGAAGAAUGAAGCAAGCAACCUUUCGAACGCAGCAUCCUGCUGAGAGAGAGACACUUACCUCUCGAACAAAAGCACCUGCUUCGCUUUAAAUAGUCAUCUUUCAACAACAGCGUGGUACCAUUAAUGAGAAAUGUUUUAUUAUAAUUUUUAUCAAUAAUAAUUCAACCAAGGAGAAAUACCUCUUUAAAUAUUUGUGCAGAAAUAAUCACUUUUGUGUUUCCUUACCAUCGAUUGUUCUGUAUAUUUGUGACUCCUGUAGGAAGGUGAUUGGGAACUGAUGUUUAGAUCAGAUGAAGGAAAACUGCAUUUAAACUGAUAUUAUGUCAAAGUUUUUAAAUUAUUUCCUGAUAAAUGUGAAAUAUAAUGUUGAAUUAGUGCGAAACAAAAGUAUUUACCACUGUACAUGCAUAUAUAUUUGUAAAUACUGACUCUGUGUAUGUGUAGAUAUGACACAUUAAACGUCCUUUCUGGAAUGAUACAGGGAUGAUAUUUAACGCUGAUGUAGUGGGCACAGAACAAAAAUGUGAAACUUGUAAUUAUGUUUGUGAUGGUGUAGACUGUAUGGAGUGCAGCAGAAACACAUGAAUGUUAUUUUAACAUACUGUUUAGCCCCCGUCUGUCAUCAGAGUAGACUUCCCCCUCUGCAUUAUGCAUUUAUGAAAACUGCUAGUCUGCAUCAAUUCAUUAUGUAUCUGUGUCAUUACGGCUGUUCUACCAAUA